AAGUCGGUCAACGCUGGGAAACAGUUGCAACAAAAAUGGCUCCGUAUGGGGAGGAAGUCGAGCGCUACGGCAACAGAAUGCCCGUAAGAAAACAUAGGCGCGACAAAAGUGAAAUAAGUUGCUGCUUGAAGUACCUCAUUUUUGGCUUCAACGUCAUCUUCUGGCUGAUGGGCCUGAGCAUCAUGGUGGUUGGUGUUUGGGCCUGGACUGAGAAAGACAUCUUCAAUAAUUUGAGCCGGCUGACCAACAUUGCCCUGGACCCUGCCUUUGUCCUCAUUGUCAUUGGCGGCAUCACAUUCAUCAUUGGUUUCACCGGCUGCGUCGGAGCCUUGAGAGAAAAUACCUGCUUGCUGGCUGCUUACGCCAUAUUCUUGGCGAUCUUGUUGCUGCUAGAAAUGACGGCAGGCAUUUUGGGAUUCAUCUUUAAAGAUUGGAUCAAGUCUCAGGCAACGAACGGCUUCCAGGCUUUCAUUGUGUUCUACAGGGAUGACCCUGACCGGCAGAAUCUGAUUGACUGGAUUCAGGAGCAGUGGCUUGGCUGCUGUGGAAUUGAAGGCCCGAAGGACUGGGACAUGAACAUCUACUUUAACUGCUCGAGCGUUGAAGUUGGAAGCCGUGAGGCGUGUGGUGUCCCUUUCUCGUGCUGCAAGAGACAGCCCAAUGAGUUGAUAAAGAACAAACAGUGUGGUUACGAUGUGCGACGGUCCGAUUACCAACGGGACAAGUCUCACGUGAUCUAUGAGAAGGGUUGUCUGCGAGCUGGGGAGGAGUGGAUCGAAGCUAACCUGGUCCCAGUUGCUGGGGUUGCCGUGGGACUAGCUGUGUUGCAGGACAAGUCCAAGCGGGCGAGCCUUGUUUACGAGGAGGGCUGCCUUCUGGUGGGGGAGGAGUGGUUAGAGGUGAACCUGGUUCCCCUCUCGGGAGCCCUCUUAAUUAUUGCCUUUGCUCAGAUCCUUGGCAUAUGUUUCGCUCAAAAUUUACGGGCGGACAUAUUUGCUCAGAAGGCGAAGUGGCACUGACAUCCGCUCCAGACCUGGGCGAAACUGGCGAGCCGGAGGUUCCAGGGCCCCGAAUGGCGCCACUGACCCCUCAACGGCCACGCCGAACCCAGGUUGCCCUCAUCACGCUCUUCUGAGGGAGUCUCCUCAAAACGGGAUGCACUAGCACCGGGAAAAUCGCCAACAGUCGAAGGACGUUGCCAAAAGCAGAGGCAGGACGCCUCAUACAAGGAGUGUUCUCGCCACUUCUAACGAGGGCAGGAUACCGUGUUCAAAGAGUUUCUGCCAGUUUCCACAGGGAUACAAAUGCUCGAUGGAUUACCGGAUGACUUAGUGGGUGCCACCAGAAUGGGAACAUUGCGCGGGAAUUGGAACCUUUUGUGCUAGCGCACAACAGUUGGAAGUGGGUUUGUCUAAAAGAAUGCCGCAUACGCGGGUGUGGAAUGUAGUUGGAGGUUUUCUCUGCCUAAGAAUGUUGCAAACGUGCGUGUGGGGUGAACUUUGAGGUAUCCUCUGCCUAGGGCAUUUAGAUUGUGGUAUGCACCCGUGCGUGUGGUGUCAUCUUGCUCGACUUGGUGGUUGGUCUUGGCUUGACCUGGUGUGGUCACAUUUAUUGCCGUGCUAAAACAGUGAUGGCAGCAGCCGCAAUUUCUGACGCUCAUUACUGGCGCAAGGUAUGUACUAGCUGCAUAAUGUUGAAGUGUUCAGUACAAUGGGAAUCCUACCCUGUCUUGCUGCAUUGUGUCGGAUUCAUUUAAAGCACUGGUUUAAUAGCAAAUUUGUUUCUGGCAUGGCAGUUGACAGGGAGGAAGGUGACAAGAUCUUGUACUACAACUUUCUAAGGGUUUUCUGCAAAUUGAAGAAUUGAGAUGAUACAGAGCACCUUUUUUGGAUUUGAAUCUUUCUUUUUGCAAGAUGGGACUAGAGAUUCCAUUCAUCACUGCCUCCCAAGAAUGAGGGAAUGUGAUAUAUUCUUUUAGGUCACUUGUAAUCUUUUGAGCUCUCAUAUCUAUUUAAUAUAAGGCUAAGAGAAUGUACCUGUAGAAGUAUUGAGACUUGUUUGAACAAAGAUAGCACCUUUUGAAAAGUGUGAAGAUUUUCAAUGUGUACUGUAAAUCAUGCAAAAUUAGUUCUGGCUACAAUUGUUUCUACAUUUCUGAAUAGUAGCUGGGUCAACACUUUUAUACUGUGCUUUCGGGAUCAUUCCUCAUUCAAGCACAACUAGUUGGAAGGAAUGUCAAGAUGAAUAUAUGCUCAAUCGUACUAAUUAGAAAAUGAAUAGCUGUGUUUUCUGUCAGUUCAUAAUAACCUGGCUCAAUGCAUUUGAGUGCAUCAGAGUUUAAUCUGCCACCAGCGAUUACUUGGAUAGUAUAGAUGUUGGUCUUGUGAAAAUGUUUCCAUGCCUGUCAAAAUGUAGACCCAUAUAUAUGAUUUAAGCAUUCCUGGGACUAUCCUUUUUUAAUAUUUACGGUCUUAGCUGCUUGUUUAAGUCUUCCGCCAUCUAAUAUAUGCCACAUUAUUUUUGUCAUGUUACGAAUGAAAGUGAUUAUUCAUACUGUACCAAAAACCAAACCUGCACACAGGUAGAAACACUAGUGAUUAAUAGAGUUAAAAAAUAGAAUCAGCCUUGAAGAUCCUGCAUUGUUUGUUUUGUUUGAGCUGUGAAUUAUCUCCGGGCUGGUGGCCUCUUGUUGAGGCAUGCAAAUGAAUGAUUGAGGAAGGAACUGCCAGCCCUGAAACAUUUUGAGGAUUUUUUGCAGGAUUUUUAAAGUUAAUCUUUCUAGAAUACUGUAUCUGUGGUCAAAGGCACUUUCUGCUUUCCCAUCUUUCAUCAUGUUAUAAAGAAACUAAAUUUUGUUCGAAGCUGGUAUGUACGUGGACAUCCUGCAAAUUGUAUGCCUAGUGUCAUUUGACAUGGUCAUUGUACCUUCGUAAAUGAGUGGCAAAUUUUGUAUAUAUGUAUUUUUUUAAGAGUGUAUAAAUUCUUCCCACUGCAAGAUAUUUCUUUUUCCUUGUCUUGUGGUUAUUUUUUAAAUUGUGAAAUAUGUGAUUAAUGUGUGCAUGUUGUGUAAACCUUUUUAUUGUGUUUCACAACUAGUUACAUGCUGUGGAAGCUUAUCCAGACUUCUCACAUUUGUAUUCAAAUGUCACAUAAGGUGUUUCAUGCUUUUGUUGGCUUGUAUGAACCCCUAAUUUUAAUGUAUCCUCUGAAUGUUCUAAGUAGCGCUAAUACAUCACGAGACCAAAGUCAGCAUAUGGUGUUUAAAGGGAUUAUCUGUGCUGUCCUUGACCGUGUAAACAUAGCAGAUAUUCAUUUUCGUGUACCUCAGUAAUUUUUUGUAUGCAUAGGUAUGUACCGUCAGUACAUUUUUAAUAGCAUGUGUAGCGUUCGUACGUGUGGGAGAAUCUUUGAAGAAUGUGACUUGCGUGGAACUCGGCAGCAUCAUUUCAUCGAGUUUUGUACCGCGAAUUCAGGCAGUUCUUUAUUCUUGGUUCUGACCCCUAAAGUAGUAAUGGUGCAAAGACUGUGAGUAGAGACUCGGUCUUGGGCGUUUCCUGGCUGCUCAAGCGAGAUCUGUGUCAGUAGGAGCUGUAAGUUUGCUUUUAUAGCCUUGGCUCCCUCCACGACUACUGCAAUGUGACACAAAGUGUAGGGACGUUUUUGGUUUUUUUUCAGUGGCAUUAUUAUGUUUUAAGCUCCUCCCCAUACAUCAGAAUGUACAUGGCUGAACAACUUUUACUCUCUUUAUAUUCCAGGUGUUAUUUUUUGUCGUGUUAGUGUGAAGAGGUAAAAAGUUAAAAAAAAAUGGGCUUAAUCAGAAUACUCACAACUUUGACUUUCUAUUACGGGAAAGAAAUUACUGGGGGUCAGCAGAAUGUCUCGAUCGUCAAACUUGCGUGUGCAGCAAAGGAGCGUUUUAUGUGCACCUAAAUGAACAAUGUUUUUGUGUUUUUUUUUUUUUUGCUUUCCAUAUGUGUUGCACUAUUUAUUUACUGAAGUGAUUAUGUUCUAUGUGAAUCAAGCUGACAAGAGAGUCACAUUCGUAUCUCUUCUGUCACUAGUCAUGUAGAAAAGUUUGAUUUUUGAAAAUAAAUGUGGAUGUUUUUAUCAUUUA